AUGAGAAGCAGUGAGAGUACUCAGCUCACCCUCUCAAGCCCGUGUAACAAGAACGAGAAACAAGAAGAUGAAGAUUCUUAUGCAGAAGAAGAAGAAGAAGAAGAGGUGGAGAUGUUCAGAAAUGGCCGGAGAAGCUCGAGCAACAGCACGGUCGACGAGAGCGAGAAGAACGAUAAUGGCAAGGUCAAAGCUUGUGGAUCUGUGCGCAGAUACGUGCGCUCGAAGAUGCCUCGGCUUCGAUGGACACCUGAUCUCCAUCUUUGCUUUGUCCAUGCUGUUGAAAGACUUGGAGGACAUGAGAGAGCGACUCCCAAGUUGGUUCUUCAGUUGAUGAACGUCAGGGGCCUUAGCAUAGCCCAUGUCAAGAGCCACCUUCAGAUGUAUAGGAGCAAGAAGAUAGACGACCCCAAUCAAGCUAUAAAGGACCAUGGUCUUUUCGGUGAUGGUGGUGAUCAUCGUGUUUACAAUCUCAGCCAACUUCCCCUCCUACAAACAUUCAACCAAAGACCACCUUCUCUGAGGUACAUGGAUGCUUCUUGGAGAGGCUUGUACAACCCCAAUCACCUCCAAGGUUCACCAAUGUUCGAAAGAUUCAAGAUUGGACAUAUUGUAGCUUCUGCAGCAGAAAAUAUAAAUUGUGGGAUCAACAAAAGAUUAGGAGGGCCUAAUCGCGAUUAUGUCCAUGUGGGUCAUUCAUCUUUUGAUGGAGAAGCUGCUAGGAACACUAUCGCUACUGCUUGUGAUCAUUAUCAAGAAGGUCACUCCAAAUUAUCAUCAAUUCACGACUCUUGGCCAAAAAUAAGUCAAGCCCGAGUUGCAGCACCAAGCUCAACGACGAGGGAACCCGAUCUCCUAAGGACAAUCAAAGACAUCAGGGGACGCGAACAAGUGAUCAGAACAGACGAUGCGUGCGGGUCAUCAUCAGUUCCAGAAGAGAGAUCAAGAAGCGUCCCGAAAAGGAAGGGUUUGGACCUAAAUGGAGCCAUAGACUUGGACUUAUCUCUGAGAGUGGUGAGACCCAAGAAGGAAUAUUUGGAAAAUGGCAACAAUGAGGUGGAUAGCGAUCUGUCUCUUUCUCUGUCUCCUUCUUCGUGUUCAUUGCUCUCGAAGCUCAGCAGAUUGAAGGAGGAUAAUGGUGACAGUGGUGGGGAUUCGAAGAAGCAGAGCGCGAGUACCCUAGAUCUGACUUUGUGAAUGAGACAAAUUUCUGAGUGAGAUCUUGAGGUACUUUUUCUCUAGUGUUCUUUAUCAGAACUGAAACAUUCAUAAAUAGGAAAUUGUUUUCGUGUCCGAACAUCACUCAAGGUAAUUACCCUUUUCAUGUCAUCUUGUCUUGUCUGUAAUUCUCGUUUGGCUAAGUUUCAUCUUGCUCUUAAUCGUCGCGCAGAGAUUAAACAAUAUAGAAGCAUUUCUGAAAUAAAACUAUCAUGAAAACCUUGUGUGUUUCGAGGUGUCUUUGAAAGGAGAACUGGCCAAGAAAGAACGAAUAAAAAUUUCAUUACACUGAACUGAACCGAAGUAGGUUGAACUAAGAUCAGAUCUUGCCUGCAUUUGCUUCUUGAACUGCGCAGAGACAGAAGGGUUUUCUUUUUAUUGUUAGUUUCUGCAAUUCGUCAGUAUAAGACGACAGCAUCUCACUUUUCCUGGAACCUAAUUUUGUUUUUGUUUUUGUUUUUCGCUCUCCUUCUUUGCCAUUGAGGAAACAGAAGCAGCAGCCAAAAGAAAAAAGGAAGUACGAGGUUUUUUUGUCAUCAUGUCAUGGCGUUUGAUCAGCAUACAUACCCUCACGCUAGCGACA